AUGGCGGCAUCACUGUUCACCUUCUCCUCCACUUCAAGAAGAGUCGUCCCAGCUCCAAACUCGCCUCCUCUUCCCAUAUACAUCAAAGCCACCAACGUAGUUUUCAACCCUGAUAUUCCAGAUGUUCAUCGAGGUCUUGCACUUGAUGAUUUUGUUAAUUUCUUAGUCUCCUGCCGACUCCGAUACGCAAUCAGUGACGUUCCAUCAGAGUUCUUUCCCGAACAAGUCUAUGAGUUCUACUACACUGCAACAAUUAAUGAUGAAAAUAACGCCAUCUCUGGGACUAUUGGCCGUGGAAGACACUCAGUCUUUAUUACCGCUGACCUCCUUAGUGUUGCGCUCAGGUUACCAAUCUUUGAACCCUUCUCUGAGCUUCCACCUAUUGAACGCUGUCGACGUCUCUUUGAUCAACUGGGAUAUGAUCACUCAAAGGUUGGCACUCGAUUAGCUCUCAUUCUACAUCAAUGUAUGACUCUAGGAUGUAAGUUCUUCACCGGUGCUCUGUGCAAAUGUGUGGGUCACAAAUCUCGCAGUGGUGAUCAACUGAGCACUUAUGAGCAACAAGUCGUCUGUUCCCUUCUUCUCAACAAACGACUUGAUUAUGGGGGUUUCUUCUUUGAUCAUCUUGUUCAACUUCUUCGUGCAUCUGUACGCGCUGAUCGAGCUGAUGGUAACAACGAAGAUCAUGCUGAUCAAGAAGCUGAAUCACAUGAUGGUGGUCAUCUCUCCCCUCAACUUUCUCAUCAUACUCUCUCUGUUACUGAGAGAGAUCACUCAGCUCAAGGGGAGCCACUAAUUCAGGGGGAGCAACCAUCCCAGGGGGAGCCACCAUCUCAGGGGGAGCAACCAUCCCAGGGGGAGAACCCAUCCCAGGGGAACCAACCUUCUCCAAGGGAGCAACCUCACUCACAAGAAGUUCCAGGCCGAUGUACAUCAACUGAGGGAGUUCUCUUGCCAACUCCUUCCCCUGGCCCACAAAAUGAUGAUGAUCAAAAAGGGGGAGACACUGAUGAUGAUCCAAAAGAGGGAGACACUGAAUCUGUUGAGCUUGGAUCUGCGGACAACACUUUAGUCCAGAUUGAGCCACCACAACUAAUGCACGAGUCUGAUAGACCAGCUACUGACGAGUCAGAUAGACUAGCAGAUACUGAACAGAUUGCUGAAGAUAGUGAGCAUGAUGAUGAACAUGAUGAUGAGUGUCAGAUGCUGGACAUGAACUUCAUUGAUCCCACUAUUCUAGCUCAAGGAGAUGCCUCAGAGGAUAAUGAAGAUGAACAUGAUGAUGAAUGUUAA